UGCGGCUUCCGAUCUUGUGUGCAGGCGGGGGUUUAUUUAAUCCAAGUACGCUUAUGUCCAUGCUACCGUAUGCGUCGCUCUUUGUUUCCUCACCUAUAUCUCUAUCCCCACUCGCUAUUAUAGUUCACUCACCUAGUUGUUCUUACUAUAAGACAGCGUCUAACACCUAUUCUGUACCUUCCAAAUACUAAAGCACUUAACAACACAGGAAGCUCAUGAAUGUCUCCAUAUAAUGGGGUUGUUGAAGCCUGCAGUUAUCGUUGUCACCGGAGCGUUCCAUAAGCCUGAUCAUUAUCACUCACUGAAGGUAAAACUCGAAGCUCGGGGAUACGAGGUUUUCAUUCCACUUCUAGCAAGCUGCAGUUCCCAGGUCGGGAUAACGUGGAAGGAUGAUGUCGCGUUGAUACACAAGACGGUAGAACCGCACAUGGACGAUGGUAAGGAAUUCAUUGUAAUAUGUCACUCCUACGGAGGUCUCCCUGGUUGUGCUGCUACAAGCGGAUUCACCGCUGAGGAACGGAAAAAUAGUGAUAAGAAAGGAGGGUUUCGGGCAAUUCUUUUCAUGGCCGCUUUUGCCGUACCACAAGCUGGCAUGGAUAUCCUACAAUGCUUAGGGGGGAAAUAUCCAUCCUGGAUGACACAUCAACCUUUAUAUCAGAGGAAUAAAACAUGUUUCGUCAAUGAUAAGGCGAAGCAAGACCUUUACAACGAUCUCCCGGAUGAUAUAGCCGGAAAAUGCUUCGAUACCUUACUACCAUUUUCGCAAGACGCCCUCGAAACACCAGCCGAGUUCGUUGCAUCAGACCUUACGAUCCCAAGAACGUUCCUAAUAUGCGAGAAUGAUAUGGCAAUGCUCCUGCACAUACAAGAGACCCUAGUGGCCGGAACAUCAGGCAUGAAAGUUGAGAGAUGCUCAGCUGGACAUAGCCCAUUUAUUAGCCAACCAGAUCGAGUCGUUGAGGUGAUAGAGGGACUCAUAGAAUGAGUAAAAAGUUGUGUCGGGUUUUCGUAGCUUAGUUCUAUCUCACAUCGGUGUUCUUAGGACAAGAUGUAAGUUGAAUCGGCAGAAUAUUCACUUUCGUAAGCGGCUUUAUUCAUAUUUUUGGUUUACACUUUCGCCCGUUGGCUGACGGGGUACUUGGACGCUCGUUACUCAUAGAGAUAUAAAUAUUCGUUAAAGCUUAGCAUCCAAUUCAAGGUUUAUUUUUUUACUUAACAAGUAGGAGGCAUCUCAUUCAGG